AUGCAUCAUCAAUGUCGAUUGUGGACUUUUAUUUUAUUCUCUGCCCUUCACUUUAUCGGAGAAGUUGGGCAGGAUAUUCUACAAGAUAUCGUUUGGUUCCGAGAGUACCAUAGUGGCAUGGAAGUUGAAGGGAUCAAGAUGACGUUCACCCUAUUUAUUGGGGUCAAUUUGAUGACGAUAGCCGAAUUGGUACUCUACCUUACUACUGCCGUUCUAACGUUUAUGGGAAUUCGGCGGAGAAUAAAGUCUCUUAGCUUUAUCUACCCAUUUUAUGUGGCUAUGGACAUUCGAAUGUGGUACGGCAAUAUCGGCAAUUACAUGAUGGUCAACGACUAUCUCAGCACCGGAAUCUCGGUCUACAUGACAUUGUCGAGUAUAGCCGUUGUCUACGCUUAUAAGCGUCUUUUUGACGAGACCUAUCGAAGAAGACCAAUGAUUCGAACCUUCCAAUUAGAUAGUGAUCACGCGUAUAAAAUUACUGUA